CCCACGGAUCCGCACGGUGCCGCAGCGGGGUAGACCUCGUGGUGGACUCGGGCUCUCCGACUCGGCCAUAUUGGAUAGUGAAUGACUCCGUUACACAGAGGCUCAAGAGUAGCCGUGAAACCUUCGCAAGAUCCUCGACGCCGUGAGGAUAUCGAGCCAAGAUGGAGAACGAGUACACAGUUACGGUCACGAACAAGUUCCUGCUCGCGCUCGACGAGGGCGAGGACCCUCUGGAGGUGCUAAAAGUGCGCGAGCAGGAGAAGGAAGCGAAGAAGAAGGAGAGGAUCUCGGAGAAGGAGAACAAGACUAAGCAACAGCAGCAUCAACAGCAGCAGCAGCAGCAGCAACCGCAGCAGCAGCCGCAACCGCAGCAGCAGCCGCAGCAGCAGCAACAGCAACAGCAGGACGGUCAGAAGACCGCCAACAACAAGACGCAGAAGAGCCGCGUCAUCAAGGACGCCCAGCAGCCGCCGUCGAAGGCGCAGGAAGCCAAAAAGGAUCAAGCCGAUAAGAAGCCUGCGCAGCCAAGAGCGAGCGGAGGCGACCGCAACGUCAAAUUCUCCGGAGAAUCCCGGGAGGAACGGAACAACAGGCGUAACCGGGAAGACGGAGAAAGGACGCUGCGAGGACAAGGAGAGUUCAGACGAGGACCUCCUGGUGAAGGCCGCGAGACCCGCGAGUUCCGAAACUCGACCGAGACUCAACGCGGCGAAUAUGGGGAGCGCCGUGGCCGCGGUGGUAUGCGUGGCAUGGGUCGCGGACGUGGUGGCCCUCGUGGUGGACGCGGCGGCUUCGAUAAUCGCGGCAAACGCGAGUUCGAUCGUCAGUCCGGUUCUGAUAAAACUGGAAUUAAACCAGUGGAUAAAAAAGAUGGUGCUGGCAGCCAUAACUGGGGUACUCAUAAUGACGAAAUAGAAGAGAGCCUGAAUCAAGAUAGUCAAGAUUGGGCUAAUGAUAAGCCGGAAGCUGAUCCUCAAGCGCCAACCGAGGUUAAGAAUGGAGAAACAACCGCGGAUGCGACUGUUGAGGAGAAACCGGCCGAGGAAGAAACGCGCGAACUCACCCUGGACGAAUGGAAAGCUCUGCGGAGUAACAGAGCGAAGCCUCAAUACAAUUUGCGAAAGGCCGGCGAAGGUGAGGAUCUGACGCGUUGGAAGAAAAUGUACGCUCUUGAGAAGAAGAAGGAGGGUACCGAAGAAGAGGAGGAAGAGGAGGAGGACUACGACGCGGCUGCGGAGUAUCCUCAGCGCGUUGGCAGGCAAAAACGUGUGUUAGGCAUCGAGAUCCAAUUCAGUGACUCACGACGCGGUGCCGGUGGUCGCGGUCGAGGUGGCCGCGGUCGUGGAGGCGACCGCAUGAACGGACGUGGAUUUGGGAACCGUGGUGCUCCCAGAGACGGUGAUACACGCCCACAGAACGAGCAGAGGUCGCCGCGAAGUCGUCAAAACGCUCCGAAGGUAGACGACGAGAAUGACUUUCCUUCCUUGGGAUAGGUAGCUUCAGCUGUUGACUAUACAACAUCCCACCAUUACCGUCACCAUCAGUACAUUUACUACAGAUAAAGCUACAUUAACUAAAACAAAAAAUAUUACUAUCGAGAAUCUUGCGUUAGUGAUAACAUUAUUAAUGCAUAAUACAGUACACCGUUACAGAAAUGAGAUACGUAAUAUUAUCUAAAAAUUCCUCUCGUGACUUGAACGUCACACGUACGCAUUGGCACAUAAUCGUACACAUGAAAAAGUUGCAUGAUGUAUGAAGAAGAAAAAAAAUAGAUAACGAUCCUUUUUUGUACUUGUGGAAAGCCAUUUGUCUGUAACUAGUCCGAGACACCAGGCCAGCGGACGAACGAUCUGUGAAGAGUGAAGCAUAGUCUCUGAACUUGUUAACAAUUUCGAAUCCAUAAAGAUGACAGGAAGACUAUAUAAAGAAGAUUGAGACGGAAGGAGUUUAGGCGAACCAGCAAGCGUAGGAAAAGUAUAUAUACUUCAAGUUACAGUUUCAAUCUGCUUAAAUUCGAAUCGACGAUACGUACCGAAAGAAGGGGAACGUUUGCUGUACACAAAAAGUAAUGGAACGUGGGCUGCGGUAUCGAUCUUGAUCUCGAUGUCGCGUUAAAGGCCUAAAGGAGGCUGGAUGUAGCAUCGAUACGCGCGCGAACAUGUAUAAUAUCUCUUUUUAGGCGUAAAUUUUAAACGCACUUUCUGUUUUAUAAGUUUUAUACGACAUUUGGAAAAGAAGAGUCCUUCCUUACAACACACACACACAUCGGCAGGUUUGAUCACUUGCCAUGCGUAAAGAUGUAAGAAACUUUUAAUAGGGAGGAUCGAUUUCUAUUUAAGAAAACGCAUCCUAAAUAAAUCAUCUACUUAGAACAUGCUAAGUUUGACAUAUAUAUGUAUAUGUAUACAUAGAGAGAGAGAGACUUCCCUUUUGAAUAUGUAGUCGAUCUUGUGCGAAGUGAACGAUUUAAUAUCUGCAACACACAUUGACACAUUGAAUUUUAGGUUAUAUAUAUAUAUAAAUAAAUAUAUAUAAACACACGGAUAUGUAUACAUAUAUGUAUUCUAUUAUAGAUGGAAAAAAAGUGAGAAACGUGAUGCGCAGAGAGGGAAGACAGAACGAAUGAGUCUACACUCAUAUUACUAUGUUACACUUAUGCGUUCACAUAUUCUUAAUUACGAACUAAUAUUAGUUAUUUACUAUAUUUGUUAUACGAUUAAAGAAAUUAUCGCAGCCAAAAGAGUCACCUCAUGUCCAUCAUAGAGACGGAAAAAAAAAGGAAGAUAACAGAAAAAAACGUUACGAAGCUGUUUGAAGCUUAGGUAUAUGUGUAAAUAACAUUUACAAUAAUAAAUUGUGACGAUGAUCGGACACUCUGAACUCGAUUAACUUCAUCAGUCAGAUAAGAUUAUUCUAAGCAGGUUCUUUCUCUUGUUUGUGUACAUCUGUACAGAAAAAAAAGCGUAAGUACAAAAGUAUACUAUUUUAAAUGUCGCGGAAGGGAAAAAAGGAUCCGAAUCUGAGAAAAAAAAACUUAACUCAUUGAGACGUGUUAUGCUAAUAAAGUUGUAAAUGUAAUAAU